UUUUUGAUUGGCCGAUGAACCCUGCUCUUUAUUGUGACGCGAUUCCCUUCCCGGCGAUUUCUGUUUUGGCGGUUCCAGCAAAAUGGCGGUGAAGCUGAGGGAGGUUUUCGUGGUCCUGGAGUGAACUGAAGCAGCGUUUGGACAGGCGUGGGCCGAAGUGGGGGGUAGCAGGAGCGGGGUUUAUACGGCGGUGGCGAAGUCAGCCCGCUUGGAAAAGUGCCGUCUCCUCCUACUACUCAGGGGACACCCGGCAGCCGUUCACUUAACCCGCUGCUGGCCUAGAUUCCGGCUGUUAUUCAGCGGCCGUUUGCUUGGACUGGCCUGGCUGGCUUCCGGAGAUGAGCGCUCAGCUUUCGCUACAGCCGCCGCCGCCUGCGUGGGAAAAAGAGCAUUUGUGGCUCUGUCUCCUAGCGCUGGGCUUCGACCCUGCAGGAGCCGUUGCCGCUGGGAAAAUCUCCACCCAUCUCCGGCUGGGCGUGAACAUGUUUGAUAAACCAAAUAAAGAUGCAUUCCAUAUCAUUGCACGCUUCUUGUUUUCAAAGCUGGACCAGUCACGUUGUAAUGAAGUCUUCAGAUUCUGUUUUCCUCCAACAGACAAAAAGACAGAUGCUGAAUUCAGGAAGCAAUGUUGUGAAUGGCUAAGAAGAAUUUCAGAUGAAUGUGGAAACAACUUUCCUCCAGUUGUUGCAUCAUUAUUCCUUUCCCCUGGUGGUCCAAAGUUCAUUCAUCUGAUGUUUCACUUUGCGCAAUAUGUCAUCAUGCAUCAUGUUAAAGCAGAUUCUUCAGGCACUGGCAUGCACUACCCAGAAGCAGUAAAAUUGAGACCUCCAGAUGUGAAUAUGGCAGCUGCAAAGUACCGUGUGGUACAUAACAGAUUUUUGAAGAAUCUACAAAAGGAAGACUUAAUAAUUCAAGAACUUCAGAAAAAAGCGCAGUUUUUCAGUAAACAAAUAAGAGAUUUAAGAUAUGAAAAUGCAGAUCUGGACAAAUGCCUCCAAAAAAUGAAAAAAAAUGUUGAUCAAAGGCAGAACAACACAGCAGAGGGAACUGAAAAGAUUCGUUGUAUAUGGUCAUUGAUCAUGGAAACAUUGAAAUUUCUUCAAAAAGAAAGAGAAGUUAUCGAUUCGGUUAUUAAAGGUCAUGUUGACCAGUAUGCAUUAGAUGGCACAAGCAUUGCUAUCAGUGUUCCAAGACCUCUACUUGAACAAGUUGAAAAGGAAAUGCACAAAAUGCAUUUAGGAAAUGUAUAUGAAGCUGGAAAACUAAACAUUUUAACAGUGAUCCAGCUAUUAAACACAGCCUUGGAAAUGUUGAUGUGUGAGUGUCGGCUUGUUGACAAGAAUGCACUAAAACUGGAUCUUCAGCAUGUUAAAGGAAAGACCAAAUUUCAGAAUAAGACUGUAUCUGAAUUAAAGUUACUAAGGGAGAAACUAAGACAUGAGGAUUCUGCAUCAAUCAACCAAUCAAUUGCUGAAAAACAAAGAGAAUGGGAUUUGAAAUGGGAAAACUGUCUUGGCCAAUCACCUUUUCAUUUAAUUAAAUAUCCAAACCCUGUACUUGACCUACUGCCUGCUAUGUCUCCUCUUUCUUUUACUCCUGCUACUGAGGAAGCUUAUAAAAGUAGUGUCUUCUACCAGUAUCCUGCAUCAAUUCCAGACUCCACCAAAAAGAAUUUUCAGACAAAUGGAUUGGAUAGAAGUGAUAAAGCAUUGGGAACUCAGGGUCGCUCCACUGUGGUAACUUCAGAGAGGACUGACACAGCUUCUCAUCCUACUACAGAAUCUGCAAACGCAAUCCAGAUACCUUUUGAAAAGGGAUCAAAUACUGAAACUCCCAAGAGGAUACAGCAUUCCAAUUCUCAAAUCUUAAAAUACAAAGGAAGAAAUCCUAGACCAACAGAAGCUUGGAAUAAGAAGCAAAUCAGUGUGGUUAGAACACCAUCUUCAGUUAAAAGAGAAGAUCCUCUUAAGAGAGCACGAGAGCAACUAGCUGAAGAGGUAGCAGAUGUAGUGGCAGCUGAUUUGCCCCAGCACAGUGGAGGAAAAGAAAAGGAGUUAGAGAGCCUAAUUGACACCUUGAUCUCCGAUCCGUUCACAACUAGGAAACAGAUUCCACGAACUCCAGAAAAUCGCGAGAGUGCAUGUUCGUUUACCGAAACUAGAAGCUCUUGGAACAAGCAAACUGCACCUGAAGAAUCUUCUAGUGUAAAACUGCAUCAUAGUGAAACAAAAGACAGACCACAGUAUACAGCCCCUGCAUUAAAAAACCAAAUAGAUUCAAGUAUGGCAUGCUUUAUGUCUUCAUGCAUGUCUGAUAAGUCUCCUUUCCUUGAAUGGAAAUCUCCAUUUAAAUACCAACAGGUGGCUACUAGUCCCAGUGAACUGUUCACCCAGCAGGCAGCUGUUGAGCCGCUGAAUAAUAAUAUGUAUUGCAAGGAAGGAUUAAUGUGCAUUGCUCCAAACAAAUCUGUAACAGAAAAUCCAGAAUUAGUCUCAAAGACUGUAAAUAAAAGUGUGAGUGAACUGGACUUUGAACCAGGGGAGGGUAUUGCAAUAGAGAGCCUGGCCACUUGUCUUGGUCAAAAUUCUUCAAUGUGUACAACUCUGUCAUGGGAUGCUUCUCGGAUGGUAAGUGGCAUCAGUUCUGAUAGCCAUGAAAUUAUCCAACUGGGCAUACUUCAGGAAAAUCUCGAUGGUGAACGGGAAUCUAUCAAUUUUAAUAGUUCUAAUGUAAAUGUUAAUCAAGCUAACACUGAAGAAAAUAACUCAAGAGACUGCAAAACUUUUUCAGACUCUGUGGUGGGAAGUGAACACAAACUGGAUUUCCAGUCAAUUCAGCGCCGAUAUGAAGCAUUGAAAAGGACUGUGCUUGAAAACAAAGACUCAUUGUCUUCAAGAAAGCAAAUCCCAAGGUGCAGAUCAGAAUUUAGCCUCACUCCUGUGAACCUGGAAACAAAAGAUGUUCUUAGUUUUUUAGGAAAGCCGUAUGCAUCAGAUGCAGAACUUGUCAAGACACCAUCACGCAUAACUCUUCUUGAAAGGGAAGUUGAUCUUUCCGCUCUAGGUGCAUUUUCUCCAGUACAACCAAGAUAGCGGUCAGGCACACAGGAUCAUGGAGAUGUUUUUCAUAAACGGAAGCGUUAGUACAUGUCUGAUCUUGCAGAUAGUAAUGCAUCCUAGACCUCUGUAGGCGGAGCUCAGUAUUCCUCUGAUAGCAGACUACAGCCAUAGCCCUGUCUGAUGCUUAACAUAGAGUUUUCAGGUGGCAAAUGGGAAGUAACGAAUAGUAUUCUAAUGCUGAAAAUUGGGAAAGGUUCAAUAGUCAAUUUAAUGUAAUACACUUGUGAAUAAAAAUAAUCACAUUCCACUUAACAAAAUUGCACACAGAGGCUUUUUAUGUAAAUCAACUGACCAUCACAAAAAACUCAUUUGCUAUAUGCUAACAGCUCGGCAUUCUAAUUUCAUAUUAAUAUCAACAUACUAUGGAUAGCUUGCUCUUAACUAAUGCUAAGCCUGUCUGUAAUACAAUAUUCUUCUAUUCUGAUCAAGAGAGCCUGAGGAACUGGGACCAUUUGAGAUGAGACACGAGCAUUGGAUUUUAAAUGGUGGAGACUGCAGUAAAAGUCUUAUCUAUACAUAACAUUUUAAAUUUGAUUUUGGAAGAUAAAGCAAGAUUUAACUUUUUAGCACAGCUUUCUAAUGAAAGUAUUCUUGUAAAUGCCUAUUCAUUUCAAUGUUUUCCCUGCUUGGGAAAUGUAAAGAAGCUAGAAAUAGUUCGGUUAGUUGCAAAUGUGAGUUUUCAGCUCGCUCUCUGGCUUUUGUUCUUUAUGUUUAUCUUUCCAAAUAGAUUAUUAUAGAGAAUUAAGCUUCCUGUUGUCUUAAUCACCCAUUCUCCCAUAAUCUCUGAAGCCCUAUAUGCUGCUUUACAACAGAAUGUAAAACUUGUACAGACAGACAUGGAGUAAAACUAGGGAGGUGAUUGUGUAUUCAGUUUUUUUAUUCACUUCAAUCCAGUUUGUGUGCCUUAGUCUAGAGCAGUGGUUACCAGCAAGGAUUCCUCUAGAUGUUGAUGAACUACAACUCGUGGCAAUCAGCUACAAUUUAUUAUGGCUGAGAGUUGUUGUUCAGCAACAUCUGGAGGAACCCUGGUUAGGAAGCCCUGCUUUAGAGCAAGGUUACUAUUCCAAGUUGGUAGAGGACAGUGCUGCAGAACAUGGGGUACUGUGUAAAAACUCAAAUGGGGAGCUUGCUUUGUGAGAAAUCAUUUGCCUAACAUUCAGUGAAAAAAAUGAGCUAGAUCUUUCUAACUUAUAUCUUGUUUAAAAUGUUUUGUCUGAAAAUAUUUAUUAGUGUUUCAUUUGUUUUUUAAAGAUGGGUUUCGUAUAAUAAACUUCUCUCACCGAAA